CAAAACUUUUGUUGAAAGAGAAUAAACAAUUUUAUGCUAAAAGUUUUUCUCUCCCUAGGGCUCUGCCGCUAGGGUUUCGAUCUCCGCUCUUGGUGGCUUCCGAGGUGCGGUUCUUCUUGUUUUGGUUCGAUUCGAGUGGGGAUUCGAGGGCGAUUCUUCGUGGUGGUGUUUGGAGAACAUCGCACGUCGAUUGAAGGCGGCUCAGGGGCGACAGUCGACUCAGGUGAAGAUCGAAGGGGGUAGUGUUCGCGAGAAGAAGGUUGACAGAGACGGCAGAGGACAGGCUCGAAGCAGUAAGAUUACAUAGAUUCAUGGAAGACGUGCUUCACCAAUACAAACAAAUGGCUAUUGGGGAUGAUAAGGAAGAGGUGUUUUUCGACGAAGAAGAGGAAGGGGAUGAGUCGAGUAAGGGUAAGGCUGAAUUCCCAGUUAUUGGCAUCAUUCUUACUGAUCGUAAGAUUAAAUCUCAGUAUUUCAAAGAAUUGAUGGCAUCGUUGUGGACACCUGUGAAAGGGGUUUCAAUCCAGGAAAUCAGCGACAAAAGGUAUAUCUUUACUUUCUACCAUAAAUUAGAUAUGAGACGUGUUCUGGAUGAAGGACCGUGGUUAUUUGAACGUAAUCUGUUGUUGCUAAAAGAGAUUCAGACAGAAGAUAUUCCUUUACAAAUUAAUUUGUAUGAGGCUGAUUUUUUGGUGCAAGUGCACAAUGCUGCUUAUGGUUUUAUGAAUCUGGGUUCUGCUAGGCGUAUUGGUAAUUAUAUUGGAACUUUUCUUAGUUUUGAUGACAAGAAAGCUGAUGAAAAGUUUAAGCCUUUUUUGAGGAUUAGAGUUCGCAUGGAUGUUAGGAGACCUUUGAAAAAAGGUACUACGUUGAAAUAGGUGGGAUUCUGCCAAUGGGUGGAUUUUAAAUAUGAAAAACUCCCAAACUUUGUUUUGUUUGUGGCAUUAUUGGGCAUUCAGAUAAGUUCUGUCCAGUAGUUUAUGAGGGGGAGAAUAUAACUUUUGAUAAAAAUUAUGGGGUUGCACUUAGAGCUGGGUCGGGGCCUCGGGGGUGAAGACCAGUCCGACAGGAAGUACAAAAUUGUUGGUGGAAGGGUCCUCCAGCACAGGGGUGGGAUUAUCUGAUGAGCAGGACACUGAUAAACAAGAUGGGAAGGAAAAUACAAGUACAGUUACUAGAUUUGUGUAAAAUAAGGAAACUCGGUCAGUCCAGAGGAGACAUCGGUGGAAACAAAGCGUAGAAGAACCUGGGAAGUAGCGCAACAAGGCGCGAGUACAAAGGAAGACAUGGCUCUGGAUGAUCAAAAACGGAGAAGAGGCGGACCUCAUGUAGGUCCGCCAAGCUGCGUGGGAUGCCCGAGAUGCCCUAGGAGGGGCUCGGUGGAGGUGCUUAUGGUCUUGGAGAAGAAUUUUUAUUUUACUAUUGUUCUUAUUACUGUUGCUUUCGAUCAGACUAUGUUUUAUUUCUUUGUUUUUGCUUUCGACUCUUACUACUUUUACUGUCUCUCUGAAUUUUAAUGCUUUGAUUUCAAUUUAAGCCUCCAAAAACUUUUUGUUGAAAGAUCAAUCACAAAAGGUGAAAGUGGGAGUGGAUUAUGGAGCAUAGAGAAAUGCUUUUGAUAUAAGGAAGAAAGAAUGCUACCAAAUUGAGAAGACUGGGAAUCUUCAGGACGGUGGUGGGGCCUUGCAAAUAUUCGACUGAAUACUUUUGACUUGAGGUGUAGCGAAGAGGAUCGUAACACUCAAGAUUCGAACCUAACACAAAAGUGCGGUAUUUCGGUCAGCCCUUCAAUAAUAUAUAGCGUGUAAAGGGUUAGAUUGUUCAUCCAAUUAUCCAAAUUGUAUAAAAAGAUUAAAUAAGUUCUUAUUGUCCG